AUGAGCAGGGACGAUGACGACGAUCAUGAUCAUGACGACAUGGAAGGUGACUCGCUCCUUUGGUCUAGGGAACUCGGGAGGCAUUCUCUCGGUGAUUUCUCCAUGGCGGUCGUGCAAGCUAACGAGGUCAUUGAGGAUCAUAGCCAAGUCGAGACUGGGAAUGGAGCUGUCUUCGUCGGAGUUUACGAUGGUCAUGGUGGUCCCGAAGCUUCUAGAUACAUCUCUGACCAUCUCUUUUCCCAUUUGAUGAGAGUUUCAAGAGAGCGUGGUGUCAUUACAAAAGAAACUCUUAGGGCUGCGUUUUCCGCAACCGAGAAAGGGUUCCUCACGCUUGUGCGAAGGACACGCGGAUUAAAACCCUUGAUUGCAGCCGCUGGAUCUUGCUGUCUCGUCGGAGUUAUCUGGAAAGGGACCUUGAUUAUCGCUAACGUUGGUGAUUCACGUGCUGUGCUUGGCUCCUCCAUGAGUAGUAAUGAUAGCAGGUCAAACAAGAUUGUAGCUGAGCAACUGACAAACGAUCACAAUGCUGCUCAGGAAGAAGUCAGACAAGAGCUUAGGUCAUCGCAUCCGGAUGAUCCGCGCAUCCUUGUCCUCAAACAAGGUGUGUGGCGCAUCAAAGGCAUCAUUCAGGUAUCUAGAUCAAUAGGGGAUGCGUACUUGAAACGCCCAGAGUUUUCUCUUGGUCCUUCGUUCCCACGGUUCCAUCUCCCUGAAGGGCUAAAAAGACCGGUUCUAUUAGCAGAGCCUUGCGUCUACACAAGAGUCCUACAAACAAAUAAUAAGUUUGUGAUAUUCGCAUCAGAUGGACUAUGGGAACACAUGAGCAACCAGCAAGCUGUAGAGAUAGUCAAUAAACAUCCUCGUCCUGGAAUAGCGAGAAGGCUGGUGAGAAGAGCGAUGAACAUAGCGGCGAAGAAGAAAGGGAUGACGUAUGAUGAUUUGAAGAAAGUGGAGAGAGGAGUUAGAAGAUUCUUUCAUGAUGAUAUAACGGUGGCUGUGAUAUUCAUAGAUAAUGAGCUUCUUAUGGUUGAGAAAGCUACUGUUCCUCAACUCUCCAUUAAAGGUUUCUCUCAUACCGUUGGACCUUCCAAGUUCAGUCUCUUCUCCUCUUAGAAGAAAAAUGUAUUUUCGUACAUUUGUUAUUUUACUCCCAUAGUUACAAUAAAAUUCCAAAAUAUACUUUCAUUUUGUAUA